GGGCGGGCCGGGGUGCGAGCCCUGCCCGCCCCCCGUGAGUCCCUCCAGCGCUCCCCGGGCCUGGAGCCGGGCCUGCCGCGGGACAACCUCCAGCACCGGCACGGCCCUGCGUCUGCUGUCCGGGAUGGGCGAGAAACGGCCCGGGUCGGGAUGAGUGAUGGAAACAGUGGGAGGUGUGGAAAUCUCGGGAGGAGUUGUGAAAACAGUCAGGAGUUCUGGGAGUCGCGGUUGGUUUGGCCGAGCCCGGUCCGCCCCUGGCUCCGGCACAGCUGCAUGCGGUGCUGCAGCAGCCCCAGCCCCGGGUGUGCCCUGCAGAACCCGCGGGAGGCUCCCGCUGGGAAUGCCGGGUCUGUGCCAGGUCUGUGCCAGGUUUGUGCUCUCAGACUCGUGGUGAUUGUUAUCCAGGGUAUUUCCACCUGCACUGAUGAGGAGUUGUGCCCCACCACAGGUUGGAUGCAGAGUUCUAAAUUUCCUCGGGGCGUCCCUUUAAAACAUUUCUUAUUUCUCCACCCGAUUCUCCCGAUGGAAAAGCAGCCAGGGUUCCUUCUCUGCUGUUCAUGCUGAGGAGCUGGGUGGAGAGGUGGUGCCUGAGCGGGGAUUCACCCGGUGAUGGUUCAAAUGCGGGAAUUGUCCCGGAUGUGGCUGCUGCUGCUGCUGCUCCCCUGGGAACAUGCCUUGACAGGGAAUUAACACCAGUCAGGGAUGGGCUGCGGGACAAGCAAAGUGCUUCCCGAGCCCCCCAAAGACGUGCAGCUGGACCUGGUCAAAAAGGUGGAACCCUACACGGGCCACAGCGACAUCUACAAGCACUUCAUCAGGGAUGACUGCGGGGCUGCCAUCAAGGCCGGCUCCCCCUCGCCCCCUCACCACGCCAACCCCUACCCCGGGCACGCCCUGCCUGCCCAGCAGCCCGAGCCCCGCAAGAACAAAGUGGCCAAAUACCGCGCCAAGUUCGACCCCAGGGUGACGGCCAAGUACGACAUCAAGGCCCUGAUCGGGAGGGGCAGCUUCAGCCGCGUGGUGCGGGUGGAGCACAAGGCCACCAAGCAGCCCUACGCCAUCAAGAUGAUCGAGACCAAGUACCGCGAGGGCCGGGAGGUGUGCGAGUCGGAGCUCAGCGUGCUGCGCCGCGUGCGGCACACCAACAUCAUCCAGCUCAUCGAGGUGUUCGAGACCCAGGACCGCGUGUACAUGGUGAUGGAGCUGGCGACGGGCGGAGAGCUCUUCGACAGGAUCAUCGCCAAGGGCUCCUUCACCGAGAGGGACGCCACGCGCGUGCUGCAGAUGGUGCUGGACGGCGUCCGGUACCUGCACACGCUGGGCAUCACCCACCGCGACCUGAAGCCCGAGAACCUGCUGUACUACCACCCGGGGACGGACUCCAAGAUCAUGAUCACGGACUUCGGGCUGGCCAGCACGCGGAAGAAGGGGGACGACUGCCUGAUGAAGACCACCUGCGGCACCCCGGAGUACAUCGCCCCCGAGAUCCUGGUCAGGAAGCCCUACACGAACUCGGUGGACAUGUGGGCGCUGGGCGUGAUCUCCUACAUCCUGCUCAGCGGGACGAUGCCCUUCGAGGACGACAACCGCACCCGCCUGUACCGGCAGAUCCUGAAGGGGAAGUACAGCUACUCGGGCGAGCCCUGGCCCAGCGUGUCCAACCUGGCCAAGGAUUUCAUCGACCGCCUGCUCACGGUGGACCCCGGCGACAGGAUGACGGCCCUGCAGGCCCUGAAGCACCCCUGGGUGGUCAGCAUGGCAGCCUCCUCCUCCAUGAAGAACCUCCACCGUUCCAUCUCCCAAAACCUGCUCAAGAGGGCGUCCUCCCGCUGCCAGAGCACCAAGUCGGCGCAGUCCACCCGCUCCAGCCGCUCCACCAAGUCCAACAAGUCGCGGCGGGUGCGGGAGCGGGAGCUGCGGGAGCUCAACCUGCGCUACCAGCAGCAGUACACGGGCUGAGCCUCUCCAGGCGUCUGCACACACGCUCCACGAGGAACCUCCAGGUUCCUCCCUCCCUCCCUCCCUCCAGGUGUUCCCCCGCCCCAUCCACGAGGAAGGUGUCCCCACCCCGGUGCGGAGGACAGGGAGCCCCGCCAGCUGUGCUGGAAACGGGGAGAGGGGGAAACCCUCGUGGGCUCAGAGCACCGAGCAAUACAAAAAUUGAGGGGCCACCUGGGGAGAAGAGCUCUCUCUCUCUCUGUAUCCUGGGAGCUUUUGGGUUGUUCAUAGUUAUUUAUUAAUUCCAGGACGUUAAGUUUCUCUCGCUUGGCGUGCGGGGAGAAAAAAACCCCAUAAAACAACAACAACAACAAAAACCCCAACCAAAAUCACUUGUCCUGUACGUGCACGUCCGUGUGUGCACAUACACGUGUGUGGGGGGGUGUGUGCAUUGAAAAAUUAAGAGAUGCACACAGGUUUGGGGCUGGUUUAGUCAGACUCCGUGGUGCCUUUGCAGCAGGGCUGGCGUGAGUCAGACGCAGUCAGAAGUGGGAUAGCUCUGACUCACCGGCUGCCCACCAGCUCCUCGCCAAAGAGAUGCCAGACAGCAGUUUUCCACCAUGCCUGGGAAGCUGCGAGGUUUCCCCCAAGGGCUGCCAUCCGCCCGAUGACAUCAAGGGGUUUACUCGUCGAGGGUUUUGCUCGCCCCGAUGACGUCAAGGGUUUGCCCCUUGAAUCAUCCUUCCCCUGUUUGCAGCAAGACCCAGUGCCUGCCGGGCAGGGUUUGUUGUUCUUGCUGGGCCGUGCCUCUCGUCGUGUCUGUGACCUGUUACACACCUUGCACACUUCAAAGGAAGAGUUGAGAAAGUCGAGUUGUCUGUGCUAAGGUGAGAGGGGGGAGGGAAGGGAAGGAAUUUGUAGGGAUGUGCUUCCCACCCCAAAGCUGGGAUGGGUUUUAACCACUGUGUUACGGACCAUGUCACUGCACCAGAACUUAAAUUCAGCAGGAAAAAGCUGCCCUUCAGGUGUCCUUGUGCUGUGGGGGUGAUAUGGGGCUCUCCUGUGAAGGACUCUUAGUAGAAGUGGGAGCUGCAGAGCUGAGCUUUGUGCAAGCCUGCUGAGUUAUCUUCCCAGCUAGUCAGAGCAGCAAAGUGAGGCUGAUGGCACAGUCCCAGGGUGGAUUUGGCUUCUCGUGGUAGCAGAGACAAGAUCUGCAGGGAAGGAGAAUGCUGGGUUUUGAAACUUUUCAUAUGAAGCCAGUUUGCUUCGUGCUGUGCACUUGGGAAGGGCUUGCUUGGCUCUUGGUGGGAGGUGCAGGACGUGCAAGCUCAAGGGACUGGUGAGCGUGGCCUUUUCCCAGGAUUGAUUUCUGACAGAGCAGCCAGCUCGCCACAUUUUGCUUCAUAAAGGACUGAGUGUCCCUUGUGCCACUGCAGAACAGCUCUCUGAAAGCAGGAGCCCCUCUGAGACAGCAUCAGCUGGACCAUGGGUGCAUGUGAGGUGAUGGCAGGAUGCUCCCUCGGAGCGCUUCUGGUUCUGAGCCGUUCCUCGAAGGGUCUUCGGUGUGUUUGGAGCAUCACACCCCAGGCACUGUGAGCUCUUUUACCUCCCCAGUGCCCUCAUGGCCCUCCCCAGAUUAUUUUGCAUGUUUAGCCCUAAAACAGGUAUUUUGCCGGUGUGAGGGGGUCACACUGAUGAACUGAGCCAGUCUUUCUAGAACCUGAAACCUUUCCUGUUGACCACUAGACCAUCAAAAUGCUCAGGCGUCGUGCAUUUGUGUUCUCUUGUGGGAUGAGGGAGAAAUAAAGGUGGGGAGGAGGUCAGGACAUUGAGCUGUGGGCUGUCCAGGCUUGUUUCUCCACCUUCACAAAGCAGAAAACAAUCUUCUCAUCUGAGACACUCUUUGCUUCGUUGCUCUCUUCCACAACUUGUUUUUCGCCGGGAAGAGUUCAGAGCGAUGCCAUCCGCGGUGACUUUGGGGUGGAAUGUGUCGUGGGAAGUGGGAUGUUGCUGUGUAGGUUCCUGGCAGUGUCAGGUUUUGGUGGUGAUGCUCUGUGCCUGGGGGUGAAUUGGCACAAGGGAGGAUCCAUCACAUGCAUGAGCAAUACUGGAUCUCUGCCUCUCCGUGGUACGGAGGGGUUUGUGGUCCUCAGGCUUCCACUUCUUGGGAAUCACAGCAGGAGGACCAAGGCCAUCCCAUAAGGGGCUUUGGCUUUUCUAGAAAAAGGAACUCUUAAUUCUCUUCACAAAUUCAAUGUUUUCUGGUUUGCAUGGAAAAAAUCAAUGUAAACUUGGGGAAAAUUUUCUGGGCUUUCCUUCCAUCGUUCGAUUAGAACGCUGCUGGCUCAUUCCCCCUUCUUUGUCUAAAUUUGGUAUUUACAGGAACUCUUGCACCCAGACAAAAACAUGUGUGGGCAGAGGAGAGAUGAGCAGAGCUCCCUCCAAGUGUCCCUGGAGUCCUCAGUGAUCUUUCCUUUAGUCUGUCUGGAAAACUGUGAAGAUCCAAGUGCCACGUUGGAAGGUCCAGCUUAAAAACAAUUCCUUGGGUGCUUUUAUCCCUGCAAUUGGGGCGUGUUUUCAUCUGGGUCAGGUGAAGGGAGGGACAGGCAAAGUGCUGUAAUUCUGAGCCAUAGUCCAGGUGCCUUCAAUCUGUCCUCUAAGAAGCUCUUCACUGUGAAUUGCCUUAAUCAUCUGUCUUCAUUGCACAGGAGCAUCUCUGUGCUCGGUUGGUCUUAAGCCUCAGGAGUUUACACUUUUCAGGAGUGCCUUGUUUGGGGAUUUUAGAAGCUAAAAUCUCUCUGAAAUGUUUUUUUCUCUUCAGUUUAAUUUUUUCAACAUCCUUCUUUGGCUCUUAAUGGUGGCUCUUAAUUUGGCUCACAGGGUUUUUUUGAAGCCUUCCUUUAGUCCAGUGUGUGCUGGAGAACACAGGUAACAACUGCCUGUUCCAGACCAUCACUGAGUGCAGUCUUUGUGCUGGGAUGCAAAUCUGUGAGGACUUUUUGUUGUCCUUACUUUGGCUCAUGCAGUGAAAAUGGAGUUGGAAUGACACCUAGUGGCAAAUCGUGGUGUGUCCUUGUCCGAACACAGCCCGCUGUUCCUGGGUGAGAUGCUCUUACAAGGAGGAAUAGCGGGUUUGGUGUGCUGGGGGCUGGGCUUGGACCUAGUCCUGGGUGUUCAUCAGCUGCCCAUCCUGGGGGACACUGCAGGAAAGCAAAGCCUGAAGAUGCUGAGGCUGGAAUCAGUUCAGAAUCCUGGAGUGAUUUGGGUUGAAAAGGACCUUAAAGCUCAUCUCGUUCCAACCCUCCUGCCAGGGGCAGGGUCACCUUCCACUAGACCAGUCUGCUCCAAACCCCUGGCCUUGAACACUUCCAGGGAUGGGGCACCCAAAGCUUCUCUGGGCAGUAAGUUUGGGACUUUCUCUUAUCUUGAGACAUGGUGGAGCAGCUCAGGGUGUUGCUUCCCAGAGUGUUCUGUUUCAGGGAAAUGCAGUUUUAAGGAGUAAAGAGAAUUAGGGUUGUUUGUCUUUUGGAACUUAGCAGUACUGUGUAAAACAAUCCCAUCCUUUUGUCCUGGGAGUUUGGCUGCUCUCUUUGGGGAGAGAAUUACAGCUUCAAAGAACGUUGAUUCCUUGAUUUUUUUUUUUUUGGAAGGUUACUGGAAAAGAAUGUGAAAAGGUCUUCCAGAAAUAGUGUUAGGGGCUCUACAGGUUGACAUCCAGAUUUUUGAGUGCAUAGUGGAUUUUUUCUAUGCUUUCUGCUAAAACAGCAAUUACUGGUCUAUGUUUAAUUUACUUCUCACCUUUCUCAGGCUUCUAAAAAACUAACAUGUCAACCCAGUGGUUGAAACCCACCCCCUUCCUUCAAUCCAAAAGAAGCCUGUGCUAUUUAACACUGAGAUUGUGAUAGCAUCCAGAUGCUCCUGCCAGCUCCUGGUCUGGGUUGUUCUUGGAAGAGUACAGCCCUGUGUGAGGGAAAGCUUUAGAGCCUUGUGAGGAGCUUAAGCCCAGACAAAAGGUUUCAGACCUGCUGGCUUCAGUAGCAAUGUGGAAACCAGCUGCAGUGCAGGGCCCGUGUUACGUGUUUGUUUUGGAUGUGAUACACCCUCAGACUCUUUGGAAUCUGGAUAUUUCCUUCUUUUAGGUCAGAUUUUUCUGUCCUGGCAAUUUACAUUCUUACUUAGACCCUGCUCUGUUUCUCAGCCUGGGUUUUCUACCCCAGUGUUUGGCUGAAGUACUAAGAGAGUCAGCUUUUAUCUCAUGCACAAACUGGAAUGGGAAUGAUGGUUCCCUCUGCUACUGGGCAGCAGCUCUGGCUUUGGCUCUGCAGGAGCUGUGCUGAGUCUGGGGCAAGGUAAAAGCACCCAUGGGAGAAGGCUCCCUUUGAGGACCUGCAGUGCAGGCUCAGCUCAAUAUGAUCUUGUACCACGUAGGGCAACUACUGUGGGGCUGUCACAGGCCCCUUGUGGUGCAGUGUGGGACCAUAUUUAAGUGAUGAUACUUGAGAUUUGGAAGGUUUGAGGUGGCGUAAAUUAAAAUCUCAAUUGUUUCACUUAAUUUAUUUUUCUGAAUGAUGCAGAGCAGCACAGAGAUGGGUUUUUUGGGGGGAGGAGGAGUUGCAGACUGUUCUCUGGCAGCAGUGUGAACCCUGGGACUUGCAGGGAGGGUGGUUUGUCCCAGCCUCUCACCCCCACUCGGCUUCCUCCUGGAAAACACCACAAAGUGCCUGUACCACUUCUGUGCCACACACCCAGCUCUGAGUUGCCUUCACCACUCCUGGGAGGGUUAUGGUGCUUUCUUUGACCACUCAGUCCCCUCUUUCAUCCUGGAUGAGGAACGCAGCUCUCGGGUGCCAGCUGUGCCUUACCGUGCAGGAGCCUUCCCAAAGGAAUCAAUGUGAAGCAGCAGGGAUGCAGUGGCAUCGCACACCUCCCGCCCUCGGUGUCCUGAGAGCAGAGGGAGCUCUGCCUGGUGACAGUUGCUCCUCCUUCCCUGUCCUCCCCUGCCUGGCAGCGCUGUAGGUCCCUCCUGCGUGACGGGCGAGCCUCUCGCUGCUGUUGUGGGUGUCGUUGCACUCUCUGUCUGCUGGAUGGGGAAGAGAUGACGGGACAGCUCCACGGCCCCAGCGAGCUGCGUCACAAACCAGCAGCCCCUGCGUGGAUGCUCAGAUGCCUCGAGUUUUCCUGUUGCCUCUCACUACGGAAAGACACCUCCCGGGAAGCUCUCGGGCUCCGAGACCUUCCGGCUCUCGAUGUUAUUUUUGGUUGCCCGGUUUCCGGUGCUGGGUUGGAAUUGUUUGGAGGUAACUCCGGUCAUAUCCACUCAGUCUCCUCAUGGGACUGUUUUGAGAAGUGUCCCGUUCUGUGACUUACCCUCUUGAGUCCUGGCAUCACUCCAGGGACUGUGGAUGAGUUUGGAAUCAUUGUAAUUAGUCCGUAAUGUUACAAUUAGAGUGUACAGAAUUAUUUAUUUGGUGUACUCGGUCUGCUAAAACAUGUCCAUGUAUUCUGUGUACCCCGUGGCUCUGCUGUCCUUACUUCUGCUUCCCGGAUCACCUGUGGGCUCCCUGCUGGAAGGCGCCGAUUUCCAGGCUGGGAACGAUGGGUAGACACAUGGAAAGCCAGGAGCUGCUCACCUCUCCAACAUGUUCUUGGAUCACAGCAAGAAGGAUCCUGUGAACCUGCCAGCAUCCACCCUCCACUGCAAGCUGAGUUUUCUGGUGCUGAGCCUGCCCGGGUUGGUGAUGGCCUGCGGAGAAACACCGUGGCAUUUCAUCCCCUGCCCCGUGGGAGCAGCCACAGCGCAGGGCUGCAGCCCCGUCCCGGCACCGCGCCUGCCCCGCUCACCCUGGACACCGUCUUCACUUGAAUGGGCUCGGCGCUGGAGCUCAGGUCAUACUCCCCCAGGACGACGACAUGGGCGCUCGGGCUGCCAGAGAUCUGUUGGCACCAGAGAUGUUUUUCCAUGCAGCCAUGAAGUCCUGGCCUGGGCCAGUGCUGGUCCCAGCUGGAUGUUCCCAGGGCUCAGAGCCACCCUUUGAACCACGUCCCUGGUACAGUGGUGCCACACAAGGACAGCAGGAUGCAGCCCACCCCAGGGCAGGAAGCGUGGCAGAGCGUGGAGGUCUCCCAGGGCGCUGCAGGGAUGCUGCAGGCACAAGGAUGUAGGCAGAGACACAGGCUGC